AUGCCUGAAUGUGGUAGAUUUGAUGCUUAUUGUCGGUUAGUAUUUCAAGCAUCGGCUAAAAUAGAGGGAGCUCAGAACUUUGAAGAUCCAAUUGCAAAAUGUAUUUACUGCGCAAUUAAGAUGUCACUUCGUGAUUGUUAUCCAGCCUACAAAUUCUUGGGUUUGGAUGUCCUUCGCGAAGGCUACAGACUUGGAAAAUACAGAGAAGGACAGUCCCAGAGGCAUAUCGCAAUUGGGAGUCUUGUAAAAUCUACGGAACCACUUUAUCGUGAAAGAUCAAGACAUCUGGACAAUGAGUUCUUCCAAGCGGAACAUUUUAUUCGAAUGUACAUGUAUACCGUUAUUCGCACUGUUUAUGCACUCUGUCCUAAUGAGAAACGGUGGCUUCUGCGUAUAAAUUUUCCGGUAGGCGUGCUGCUAGACGUUUUUUUACCCACCAAAACACUAUUGUUUCGAGCAUUGUACACUUUAUUAAAGCUUGAAUGGAAAGCGCGUUACUUGUCUGUUCGAUAUGAUUACGCUCCAUCGUACUGGUUAUUUGCGAAUUUGAUGUCGAAAUAUGACUUUAACUGCGAAGAACUUGCCAAUGAUUUGAUGCCAUUCGAAACGGAUGGAAUGCAAUAUAUACUUGCCUUCGUGUCUCGUGUUCUUUCUUCUAGAUGGGAACCGAGAACAAAUACUUCUGACGGGCCGCCUUAUUAUAUGCCUCCCGACUUCAUUUCAAGGUAUGGACAAGAAAUCAGGCAGUUAUUCAUAACAAUUGCUCAAAAAUUAGAAGCAACUUAUAUAGAACUAGGAAUGAGCCCAGAAGAAUAUCCAAAUACAAUCUAUCACUUACGAGAGGCAGCUGGUAAAUUGCCUUGA